CGCCUGACGAUGACGGACUGUUUAUUGCGCUGCACGAGGAAGCGUGCACGGACGACAUUGAGGGCUUCUGAGAGGAGUAAUUAUGUAUAGAAGAUUAUUAUUAAAUAUUCAUCAAGUCCGAAAUGGAUUAAUUCAUACACAGAAUCCACGGUUACCUUCCACGAAAUGUAAAGAGAGAGAGAUUUUUGCUCCAUUUUUCUGGGUCACAGGUAAAGCAAGCCAGAGGCCAUUAUCAACCAGUAGCAUCUCUUUUAGUGAAAAUAAAGAGGGCUUCACGUCUCUGUCAGAAGAGAAAGGUAAGAGACUAGAGGAGAAUGAGGCUAAAGCAGAGGUUAACAAUGAUGGGUACACAACAGUUAAUAUCGGGGACACUGAAAUUUCAAAAGUGGCAUUGACAUCUCAGUCGGAGGCUAAACCCGAGGACAGCAAAGAGUCGGAGAAGACAAAAACAGGAAAGGAGAGUCUUCUGGAGCUGCUAGGCGCCAUGAAGGUGGAGGUUACAACCAAACGUAAAUUAAGUUCCACAAAGAUUCCCAGAAAUACAGAGAGGCCAGAGCCGAGGUCCAUGGAAAGUGUGCACCGCAUGUUUCAGCAUGCCACAAAUGAGGGUUCACAACAGCGAGAGACCUUGAAUCCGGCACUGGUUGCUGCAGCCUCUGCAGCUGCAUCCACAUUGCCCAACAGUCAUCAGGCUGAGUCAGAGCUCCUUCAGCAGCUGAGAAAACAUGAAGCCAUACCUGACACCCAGAGGAGAACAGAGGGACAGAACAUAGGAAACAUAAUUGCUGAUAUGAAAGUUGGAAAAAGGCAGAAUGACAGAACAAUUGCCAGGCCUAACAGUCAAAUUCGCUUUGACGAUGAUGGUAGGGGAUAUACUCAAGACCGAGGCAUUACCGGUGAACUUGAUGCAGUCCGCAGAAGGAAGAGUCCUUUCACUGGUAAGAGGCUGAACAUCUUCACUGCAGGUGCUGAGCAAGAUGCAGUAUCAGAUCUAGGCCCCACCCUUUGGGACAUUGAUCUAACCAGUCAGAUUGUUCAGUCGACAAAUCAAAUGCCUCGGAAUGGCUUUGAGGAGAUGAUCCAGUGGACCAAAGAGGGCAAGCUUUGGCAAUAUCCAAUCAACAACGAGGCUGGCCUGGAGGAAGAGGCAAGUGUGCCCUUCCAUGAACAUGUCUUUCUGGAGAAGUACCUUGAUGACUCAUUCGCCCGGCAGGGCCCAGUCAGGCACUUCAUGGAGCUUGUAAUUACUGGCCUUUCAAAGAAUCACCAACUCACAGUUCAACAGAAACGGGAGCAUAUCGCCUGGUUCAGAGACUACUUCCAGCAGAAAGACAAUGUUCUCAAAGAGGCAGAGGCAUAACUUAGGAACUGUGGAUUGUAAAAUGCAAAGAAGUUAACAACCAUCUGAUAAAACCCUAAUUGGAAUCAUGAAAUCGUGGCAAGAAAUAUAACUAACUGAAAGUAAUAAUUGUGAUUGCUUCUUAAAUGGUCAUCUGUGUUGUAGUUUACAAACUAUUUACAUUUACAAAUAUAUAUAUAAAAAAACCUGUUUUCCAAGAACUUGCCUGGAUAUUGUGUAUGCAGUGUUGUAAUAUAUUUGUAUACCACUUUGUUCCAAGGCAGCUUUAGGAAGAAUAGUACCUUAUGAACCCACCUUGAUUCAGCCAAGGUGGUUCGUAAAGUUAUAGAAUUGGAUACUUCUAGAAGAAUUCUGAGAAUGUGGUUCUACUGUAAUAUCUCUUUUAGAAUAUUUUUGCCAUGGCAUCACUGGUGAGUGAAGCAUAAGUGUACAACAUUAUACAGCAUUUAGUUCCGAUCCUCAGAACUACAUUGAUCUCUUAUCCGUGGAAGUAAAUUGAUAUGAACUUUAUCAUAGAAUUGCAGCCUUGUAUAUGGCCAGUUUGUAGAUUAUUUGGCACAACUCUUGCUCGUGUGAGAUCGCUUAAUUCUAAAAUGUUGCAAAAGUGCUUUUUCAAAAAGUUUGAGUGGAGUAUACUGUACAAGCACUUACCAGGAAAAUACACAGCUUUUAACAUUUAAGGAAAAAAGAAUCCUAAAUUCAGAUUUGGUAGAGAAUCUUUUGCAUAUCUAUUGAUUAAUUUCUUUCAAAAUAACGGUAUACAGAUUUGCAGUCACAUGUGAAAGCACACUGCAAUUGGCAAUGCCUCAAAAAUCAGAGCUCUUGUUAGAUUUCUCCUUGAAAAUUAUUAGAGCUUUAGUUUAGUGAACUUUUAAAAUAAAUUCUCAAUUCAAGAAAUCCCAUGAUUUCACACCUCAGGACAUCUGAUACUUCCAGUUUUAUUCAAAGUGUCUGACUUUAAAGAAUGUACAUUGUUAUAGGAGCGCCACAAACAAGAAUUCAGGUAACUUUAAUAUUUAAACCCAUGGAGCAGAGCUAAUCAACACUAUUCAAAUGACCGCUAAUCAUACAAAGCAGUAUAAUGGCAUCAUUUAACAUGAUUCUUUUAACAAUCACUCUCAGAAAACAGCUAUUCAGACACUAAUGUAUAACAAAGAUGACAAGAGAUGUGGAAAAGUUUAACCAAAGCUAAAAAUCAUAGCAAAGUGAGAGCUUAUUACAUGGUAUAAAUCACAAAAAAUGUAAUCCUAACCCUUUUCAUUUUACUCCAAAAGACCACUGCAGAAGUGUGUUCUCUCUAGGGUACACAAAAUACCAAAAAAAAAAAUUAAAAAUAA